GAUUGCAGGGAUAGGCGCACCUGAUCAAGGCGCAACCGGGCUGAGACGAAUGGCACUUCAGGUCCGAGUCCUUUUAGAUCCAGACCUUCAACAACUCCGGCCCUCCUCCAUCUCAUUUUCCACUCGCAAUCUGGGCUUCCCCUGUUUCCUCUGUUGACUUCUCAUGAGCAUCACCACUGCUAGCUCAGACUCCGUGCCCAAACACCGACAAUGGCCGAAUAUCGGUACACGUUUCCAUCCCAUCCGGCGACAAACCCCAAGGCCAUUGUCUCGGGCGACGGCAAGAAAGGCUCGUUCCGUUUCAGUGUUUUGACUGACCGGCUGCUACGCUACGAGUGGUCCGAGGAUGGCGCCUUCGAGGACCGGGUAUCGACCUUUGCGCUUUUCAGGUGGUUCGAUACCCCGCACUACCGGGCCGUCGAGACAAAGGAAUCCCUGGAAAUCAUCACGGAGUACUUCCACCUCACCUACGACAAGAAGGAGUUCUCCGCCGAAGGGUUAUCAGUCCAGGUUGGCCAGGAUGUCUGGAAGUAUGACGGCAAGAGCUACGGAGACCUGGGCGGCACCGCCAGGACCCUCGACGGCGCGUGGGGCCGGGUCGACUUAGACCCGGGUAUUCUCUCGCGCAAGGCAUAUGCGGUACUCGACGACAGCAAAUCCAUGCUCUUUGAUGAGGAUGGCUGGAUCGCCACACGCCAUCCAGGACGCAUUGACGGCUAUGUGUUUGCCUACAACGGUGAUCACAAGGCUGCCAUCAGGGACUUUUACCGCAUCUCGGGACAUCAGCCGGUCCUCCCCCGCUGGACGCUAGGGAAUUGGUGGUCUCGAUACCAUGAAUACACAGCCAGCGAAUACCUUGAGCUCAUGGACCACUUCAAGCGCGAAGGCAUCCCUCUCAAUGUUGGUGUCGUUGACAUGGACUGGCACAAGGUCAACAUCCCUCCCAAGUACGGCUCCGGGUGGACAGGCUACAGCUGGAACCGCGACCUCUUCCCGGACCCCGAGGGUUUCCUGAAGGAGUUGCACAAGCGGAGCCUGAAGGUCGCUCUCAAUGACCAUCCGGCCGACGGCAUUCGGGCAUACGAGGAUCUGUACCAGGCGGUAGCCAAGGCACUGCACCACGACACUUCGCGCGAGGACCCGAUUCCGUUUGAUUGUACUGAUCGCAAGUUCAUGGAUGCCUACUUUGACGUUCUGAAACUCGCCCUCGAGAAGCAAGGCGUCGACUUCUGGUGGAUCGACUGGCAGCAAGGCACCCAGUCCAAGAUCCCCGGCGUGGACCCGCUCUGGGUGCUCAACCACUAUCACUAUCUCACCAGUCAGCGCAACCUCAAAGUUCUGCAGAGGCCGAUAACUUUCUCUCGGUAUGCCGGCGUCGGUUCCCACCGGUACCCUAUCGGCUUCUCGGGCGACACACAGAUCACCUGGGCCGGCCUGGAGUUCCAGCCCGAGUUCACGGCGACGGCCUCCAAUAUCGGCUAUGGCUGGUGGAGUCACGACAUUGGCGGCCAUUUCGCCGGCAUCAGGUCCAACGAGUUGACUGUCCGCUGGGUACAGCUCGGCUGUUUCUCUCCGAUCCUGCGGCUGCACUCUACCAAGAGUCUCUGGAACUCCAAGGAACCAUGGAACUUUGAGAAGGGACCGCACAAGAUCAUCAGGGAGUUUAUGAUCCUCCGCCACCGGCUGAUCCCCUUCCUCUAUACCAUGAACAUCCGCGCCAGCUACGAGGAUGAGCCGCUCAUCCAGCCCAUGUACUGGAACCACAAGGACGAUCAAGCCUACACGGUACCUACGCAGUAUUACUUCGGACCCGACCUGAUCGUCACGCCCAUCACGUCUCCCAACAACUCCACCACCCUGAUGGGCGGCGUCCGCGCCUGGCUGCCGCGCGGGCGCUUUGUCGACCUGUUCUACCCUCACCUCGUCUACGACGGCGAUCGAUACAUCCACCUGCACCGCGACCUCACUCAGAUCCCAGUCCUCGCCAAGGAAGGCACCAUCGUCCCGCUCGACAGCACACCCAAGCUUGCAAACGGGUCCCCGCGGCCAACUGAGAUCACCAUCCUCCUUGUUGUCGGCAAGGAUGCGCAGUUCGAGUUGGUCGAAGAGCCAGAGAAAGGGGACCAAGGUGACGAUGAUGGCUCUGCACGGCCGGCGUUGAGCUCAUAUACCCGCACACCGAUUACCUGGAGCCAGCAAGAGGGCAUCCUCGUCAUCGGACCGGAGUGGAACGGCACAGGCAAGUGGCGGCAAUGGAAUGUCAAACUCGUCGGGCACACCAGUAGCGAUGUGCAGGCGCAGGUGCCCGGGUUCCGGGUCACGCAAGAGGACGGCUGCACGACGAUUGCGCUGGGGAACGUGCAUCGGUGGAAUCCGGAAGGGUUCGAGAUUGCCCUGGGGAGCGACCUGCAGCUGGAUGUCGUGGAUAUCAACACCAGGGUGUUCGAUGUGCUGCAUCGGGCUGAGAUGUCGUACGACUCGAAGGAUCCGGUGUGGGAUGCCGUGGCGCGGUCCACCGAUGCGGUCCAGACCAGGGUCGAGCGGCUGCAGAACUUGAAUGUGGACGCUGCACUGAAGAACGCGGUCAUGGAGAUCUGGGCGGCCGAUGGGCGGUCGCCAGGGAGUGCGAAGGGGCAUGAGAUAUGGGCGAAUACGAAGGGAGCCUCGGCGGAAGGUCUCAAUGAGGUUCUGAAGGAUUAUGUCAUUGUUUGAGUUAUGCACUGAGAAUAUCGAGGGUUAUGUCUCUCUGGGAGAUGCUGGGUUUAUUGUUGGUUGUUCUGUUACUCUUACCAUCCAUCCUCUUCUCGACUACCCAAUGCAGAACACGCUUUUGCAAUUUGCACUCACCGGGAAUGGCGCAGCUCCCGAUCGAAUAGAGCGCCGCGUCUGGACUGCACGGGAGUAAGGUACUCUUUGAAGAAGUGCCUAGAGGGACUCGGAGAGUUUGGUUAAUGAGACCCAUGUCGUGGGAUUGAACUGGAAACGGGACCAGCCACAUCGGGCCCCAUUCGGCG